CAAACUUCAAUGUAAGACGUACACUCUUACACAAACAUUAGCAUUCGCCAAAAUGCCUCCCAAGGACAUCACCCAAGAAUCUGGACCCCUCCAUCUCCUCCGACCAUUCCUCCUACUCGGAUACUCCGCCUAUUACAUCAUCCCAACAAUCCUCCAACUCCUCCUCUCCUUCCAAAUCUCCGCCCUCCUCUCCUUCUCCAAAUUCAAAGACCACUGGUUCCACAACUUCUGGGCCUUCUUCGGCCCUCGCUCCCGCGAAUACGCCGCCCCCGCCGUCCUCCCCCUCCUCGAGCAAAGCGCCACAGGCGUAUGUCUCGACAUCGGCCCCGGAACAGGCCAAUGGCUCUCCGUCUUCGGUCGCGCAAAUAACCCGACAAUCACCAAAAUCUACGGCGUCGAACCGAAUCAUGAAAUGCAUAAAGCUCUCCGAGAAAGUGCGGUGAAAGCUGGUCUUGGCGACGUUUAUGAAAUUAUUGGAUGUGGGGCGCAGGAAUUGAGUACGAAAGGUGGGAUUCAAGCUAAUUCGAUUGAUACGAUUAUUACGGUGCAGAGUUUGUGUUCGAUUCCGACGCCGGAGACGAUUAUUAGGGAGUUGUAUCCUUUGUUGAAACCUGGGGGGAAGUGGUUGAUGUUUGAGCAUGUGAAGACGAAGUAUCAGGGUGAUUUUGUGGCUUAUUGGCAGAGAGCAAUCAAUGUUAUCUGGCCACACUUCUUUGGCGGCUGCGAUAUUUGCCGGCCUACGGAUGAGUGGGUGUUGCGGGCUGGCGAGUGGGAGCAAGUCGAACUUCGACCUGGAGCCGGCGAGGGACCAUAUGAUACUGUUCCACAUGUCAUCGGAACUCUGACGAAGAAGAAAUUUGAGAAGCUGAAUUAGGUGCAAAAAUUUACGAAAGAUGUCGCAGGCUAUGCCCGGCUCGAGGGACAUGAAACGCUCACGAAUCUUGAAAGCAAGUUUACGAACUCUCCGCCAAAAAGGUACCUGCAAAUGGUCACAAUAUAGCAUUUGGUCUCCAUUCUCUGAUGAUACAAGCUCCUUACAACGGCAGUCGAUGCCACUCUUCACUGUACUGGCACAAUGUGCAGGUAGACACACCACUGUGGCUUCUCAUCUGGAGCCGGGCAAUUGAAUAUGUUGACACGAUCGAUAGUCUUCACCCCAAGAGCUUGUUUGUGCUGUCCCAACAGCCAAGCAACACCCUGCGCGUUCCCAGC